CUCCCACCCCAUCUCUCGCGCCUGUACAACAUCCACACCGCGCUUCAGCACGCGAUAUCUCACGCGCUCGCCACCUGCGCCGUUUCGCCCACCUCCGACGCCGGCCUCGUCCCCAACGUCCUCAACCACCUUUCGCUCGCCACCUACUCUGGCCUCACCAGCCGUUUCGACGUAGCAGACCUCCGUCGACUAUGCUGGCUCUGGGAAUGGGAUGCCCAAGGUCUCCCGCGUCCAAGCACGCCGACUCCGGAAGAGGACGAGAACCCGUUCCUGGAUAGCACCAGCGACAAGCCGCCGCCUCCGCGGGACUGGCAACGCGGCGCGAUGGGCUUUAUAAUCACUCCCGCGACGCACCACCAGAAGAGUGCAGCUAAACGCGUGCCCGCGUACGGCGUCGGCAUCGAGGUUGAGAUGGACAUGGACAAGGACAUGACCGGCGGCAUGGCUGCCGUCGCGCGUUGGACCGCCGCCGGCGAGACGCGCCGGAACGAAGUCAAGGCCAAGCUCGAGCGCUGGGUCGAGUUGCAUGGUGACGGCACCGUGCCGCCGUUACCUAUGGCCGACCUGCCCGCGCUCCCCAACGUCGCGAAGCCUUCCGCGCUGACGCAGCUCCUUGCUUCUGCCUCCCCCAAGGCAGCAUCCCCGCGCGGGUCGAAAGUGCCCACCCUUUCGACCCCGUCCUCUCCCUCGCGCUCCCCCAAAAAGGCAGGCACGCUCAAGACGCCGGCCAAGCCGUUCGCGGUCCCGUUCCCGCUCACGCCUUCGACCUCUGGCAAGUCAACGCCCUCGCACCGGCACAACCGAUUCGAUGCCGCCCGUACGCUGCUUACCCCGCGGACGCCUUCACUCUCGCCCUCACGCUCGUCCGAGUUGUCCACGCCCUCCUCUUCCUCCUCUGUUCUGUCCACCCCGGUCGCCUUCCCUUCGACACCUCGCCACCAGACCGGCGGUGAACUCGCGACGCCGUCCACCGCACGGAGGCAGGCGCUCUACGACCGCGUCCGCCAAAAGUCGCUCACCUCCACGCCAUCCAAGACGCCCUCCUCCAGAUCGAGAGCAGCGGCCGCUCUAGACGGCACUAGCACGCCGCGCGAAGGGAUGCAGCGGCUCGCGCAGGAGGAGCUCCGACGGCGCGUGCUGCUCGGCCGCCUCGCAGGCGUCGCGGAGAGCGUGUGGAUGCUCUUCUCCGAUCCGCUCGGCGCCGGGGCCGGAUCGGGUGGCGGCGGCCUGGUGAGGAAGCGAAGGACGCUCCCGGCGGACGAGGUCGCGGCCGCGGUGGUGAAGAGUAGCCCGAUGCCGAUCUCCGGCGCGGAGGCGCGCGAGAGCCUCGCGCUCCUCGUCGGCCUGUGCCCGUUUUUCCUACGACGCGUCGACGUCGACGGCGAGGAGUGGCUCGAGAUGCCGGCGCCCACCCAGCCAUCGUCUAUGGCGCCCGCGAUCAGCACCCCUCGGAAGAAGAGGGCGGCUGCCAGGGACCGGGACGAGCUUCCGGCGCUUGCGAGCCCUGGGGCGCCGCCGCCGAGUCCGGGGCGGCGCGCGCGCGAGGAGAGCGGGGAGAAGCUGCUCGCACGCAGCCCGAAGAGCGUGCGACCCGUUCAGGGCGGGUUGCGCGAGGUCCGCGAGCGGAUCAGGCGCGAGCUCGAGCUG